UGUUGAUGUAACUUUAGUAUUUUCUGUUGUGCAAUUCAACGUUUUAAUUACAUUUAUAUAUUAUAUUCAAUUAAUUCAACAAUUAAUUAACUCUGUUUUCAUGGCCUUCAAUAAAUAUAAUUAUUAUUUAAAGUCAUUUUCGAAUGCUUAUUAUCAACAAAAUUAUUUUUCUAUGUCUAUUCAACACCUUUGUAUUUCAAAUCUUUCUUCUAAUGACAUAAAUCAUAAUCUUCUACAUCCAGAAAUAAUUUUAAAUACCAACAACCGUAAAGCUUGUAUUGAAAGAUUGAAAAAAUUAUUUUCAAUGGCUUCCUUCACCAAAAAUAAUCAAGACACGAAAAAUGCGGCUGUUUUAAUACCAUUAUGUUUACAUGACAAUGAGUUAGGAUUUUUAUACACACUUAGAUCAAAAACACUAAGUACAAAUGGAGGACAAGUAUCAUUCCCUGGUGGAAUUAAAGACAAUGAUGACGAAAAUUAUGAAAUGACUGCACUUCGAGAAACUUGGGAAGAAUUAGGAAUACCUAAUGAAAAAGUGGAUGUAUGGACAUCAGGCAAUUUCAUUGGAAGAAAAGAUGUUAAUGUCAUGCCAAUUUUAGGAUACGUUGGUGAAAUUGAUUUAAAAAAAUUAAAGAUUAACCAUCGUGAAGUAGAAGAGGCUUUUGUUGUGAGCUUGAAACAUUUCUGUGAUCAAAAAUACUGUCGGUAUACACAAUUUCGAACUGGUUACACUUUACCUGUUUUUCUUAAAGAAGGCCACAAAAUUUGGGGACUGACUGCUUUAAUUACUCAUAUGACAAUGUGUGCUCUAAUUCCCGAUAUUUAUAGGCAUAAAUUAAAAUUUUUGCGUCCCAUUGAAAAAAUCACUGGCGAUAAAAAAGUUGAUAAACUAUUUACUUGAUUUUUGUAAUAUAUAAUUAUUGAAUUUUUUUUAAUAUUCAUUAGUAAGCAUUUUUUUUUUUUUUUCACUUUUCAUUAAAUUAAUUUAUUUUUUACAUGUUAACAAAAAUUUAGUAAAUACAGUUAAAUUUAAAAAAUAUUCUAUCAUUCUAUCCAGAAAGUGCUACCAUCUAUAAUAGAUGACUGAACUCGAUUUGUCUGAAUCCAUUACAUAUGUAUAAUAGAGAUGUACAUACGUACAUAAGUAAAGGAUUGAUGUUACGUUAAUAAUUAGCUUUAAUUUCGGUUUACAUUUUGUUUAUUUUCAACCAACUAAUUGUUGUUAUUUAGAUGAUAAGCAUAAUAGCACAUACAUAAACAUUUCUUUUGUUUAAUUAUUUUAUAUGCUAAAUUAUUUACAGAUGUGCAAAGUUAGCUCUGAUAAAUUUUAUCGUCAUAAAAUGUAUUAUUAAUAGUUUAUUGAUUUUUUUAACGUCCAUAUUUAUAUAACUCUAAACAAUUAAAUAUUAAAUUAAAAAAAAUUAAGUCUUUUUUCUGAAAUAGUUGGGAACUAGUUAGAAAUCAAACUUAAGC